AGGACAGUAAUAUUGAACAAGACAAUGAGGCAAAGCGGGCUUCAAUUGUCACUUUCUGUGAUGUCCAGUCAGAUGAUGAAGAUAUUAAUGAGGAAUUUAGUGGACCUGAACCUGAUGUGAGCAGACCUAAGAAAGAACCUCACUUGAUGGCAAAGAAGAAAGGGGCAUGCUAUAGAUGCUCUAAAGGAAACAGGUUUACUGAGAAGGAGGUCUGUUUAGUGUGUGAUGCAAAAUAUUGCAGUAGAUGUGUGCUUAGAGCCAUGGGGUCCAUGCCUGAGGGAAGGAAGUGUGUGGCUUGCAUUGGGUAUCCAAUUGAUGAGUCCAAGCGGGGAAAUUUGGGUAAAUGCUCCCGCAUGCUUAAACGUCUGCUAAACGACUUGGAGACUCGACAGAUUAUGAAGGCUGAAAAGACGUGUGAAGUGAAUCAAUUGCCAUCAGAAUAUGUGUGUGUGAAUGGAAGGCCACUUUGUAAUGAAGAGCUUGUUAUAUUGCAGAGCUGCCAGAGACCUCCCAAGAAGCUUAAACCUGGAAAGUAUUGGUAUGACAAAGUUUCUGGUCUAUGGGGAAAGGAUGGACAAAGGCCUUCACAGAUUAUUAGCGCCCAUCUAAAUGUUGGGGGUCCUAUCAAGGUGAAUGCUAGUAAUGGGAACACUCAAGUUCAUAUAAAUGGCCGUGAGAUUACGAAAGGGGAGUUACGCAUGUUACGGUUAGCAGGAGUUCAGUGUGCUGGCAACCCACACUUUUGGGUGAACGAUGACGGUUCAUACCAAGAGGAGGGACAGAAAAACACAAAAGGUUAUAUCUGGGGCAAGGCUGGAACAAAGCUGGUCUGUGCAAUAUUUUCCCUUCCAAUUCCUUCAACUUCAUCUUCUGUUUCUGGGGAGCAAAUAACCGACACGCUCAAUCGAUCAAUACCUGCUUACUUGGAGCAAAGAACACUUCAAAAACUACUUCUUGUUGGAUAUAGUGGGUCCGGUACAAGCACUAUAUUCAAGCAGGCAAAAAUUCUUUAUAAGGAUGUACCUUUCACUGAGGAUGAGUGCCAACAUAUCAAAUCAGUGAUUCAGAGUAAUGUCUAUAGAUACCUUGCCAUACUUCUUGAGGGACGUGAGCAUUUUGAGGAUGAAAGUGUAAAUGCACUAUCAAUAAGACAACAUUCUGAUGAAUCUACAAAAACAGGGAAGGUUGAUGGAGUUGAUCAGAAAACUCUGUAUUCCAUUCCUGCUAGACUGAGAGCAUUUUCUGAUUGGCUCCUCAAGAUUAUGGCUUCUGGUAACUUGGAAGCUGUCUUUCCAGCAGCUACACGGGAGUAUGCUCCAUUAAUUGAAGAGCUGUGGAGUGAUGCUGCCAUUCAGGCUACCUACAAACGGAGGAGUGAAUUGGAAAUGCUACCUGGUGUUGCAAAUUAUUUCCUUGAGCGUGCUGUUGAUAUUUUGAAAGUCGAUUAUGAACCUUCAGAUGUUGAUGUAUUGUAUGCUGAGGGUGUUACAUCAUCCAAUGGGCUUUCAUGCAUGGAAUUUUCUUUUCCUGAGGCUUCAAAUGAUGACAAUAUUGAUAGCAAUAAUCAGCCUGAUUCUCUGCUCAGAUAUCAGCUGAUCAGAGUACAGGCAAAGGGGUUUGGGGAAAACUGCAAGUGGAUUGAGAUGUUUGAGGAUGUGCGGAUUGUCAUUUUCUGCGUGUCCUUGAGCGACUAUGAUCAAUACCGUGUGGCUGAGACGGGCGAGUUAGUGAACAAAAUGGUGUUGAGCAAAAGGUUCUUCGAGAGCAUCGUCACUCACCCAACAUUUGAUCAGAUGGACUUCCUAUUGCUCCUAAAUAAGUUUGACCUGUUUGAGGACAAGGUAGAAUGCGUACCGUUGACUGAAUGUGAGUGGUUUGAUGAUUUCCGUCCUGUGGUCAGCCUCCAUCGCUCCUCCAACAGCAGUAGCAACAACAUCAACCAUAACCCGUCCUUGGGUCAUCUUGCGUUCCACUAUAUUGCUGUCAAAUUUAAGAGGCUAUUCUCAGCUCUAACUGACAGAAAAUUGUAUGUUUCUAUGGUUAGAGGUUUGGACCCAAAGAGUGUUGACGAAUCGCUAAAGUACGCGAGGGAGAUAGUGAAGUGGGAUGAAGAGAGGCCCAAUUUCAGCUUGAGUGAGUACUCAUUUUAUAGCACCGAUGCAAGUUCCAUUUCGCAUUAAGGAUGCAUGCUGUACAUACAUAUCUAUAUAUAUAUAAAUACACACACUUAGAUCGUUUACAUGAAAAGGGAAGGGAAGAGGAUUGAGUGAAUGGAAAUGCAUGUCUUUAGGGAUUGUAAUGAACAUGAGACUCAGCCACGUUGUUUCUGGGAGGUAGGCUGUCAAACUCAUGUCGUUCCAUGUCCCGGCCCCGUCUAGGCAGUAGGUUCCAGUCUGCAAAGCCUAGCUCUUUUUGAACAAUGAUUUAGAUUUUAGACCCCCUGUUGUUCUGUAGGAAAAUUUAAAAUUUACUACUAGCUUUAGUUGCAUUGUGUAGAUUUAUGUAUCUGUGCAGGGUGUGAAUGCUGGAGAUAAUGAUUUAUUGCUUUGAGAGUAUUCUCGAAAGUGCCGAGUUUAUAACUAAGCAAUACAACAUUGGUUUAUAGUUUACACUUCACACUGUCCAACUCUGUUUAGUCAAAGUGCUGUGAUGAUUUUAUGCUUUAGAAAUCUUUUUAUUUCACUUUUGUUAAUUACAAUA